UGCUUAAAACACAUUGUGGCCUUGGGAGAAAAAAAGAAAAGAAAUACUGAUUGGCGCCAAUAACUUGACCCGACGGUCCAAAUAUGUGCAUUGUUCAUUUGUUCUUGCAAUAAAUCCCUAGGGUUUAAGGAAGCUAGAAAAUUGAACAAAGCUGAAAAUGGCGGAGACAAUCUCGUUAAUGGAUAUCGACGAUGACAAAAUUCACACCAAACCAAACAAGGGUAAAAACGUAAUCUUAUCAAGCUCCAAUCCCGAACCUAAAUCAGUUCCUUGGGUCGAAAAGUUUCGUCCUCAGUCCCUCUCUGACGUCGCUGCUCAUCGCGAUAUUGUCGAAACAAGUACGUUUCUUUUAUCUCUUCACUUUUCACUUUUACUUGUCACGUGCACUUUUUUGAGAGUUGGUUUGGCUAAUUUAGAAAGCUUCGAAUUAGAUUCAAAUAUUUCAAAAUACAUCUUAAAAGUCGGUCAAAGUUCACGUUGACUAUCUAAAAGUGAGAAGUGACAAGUGAAAGUGAACGGGGGAGUAUUAGUGAUUUCUGAAUGAACAAUGUACAUAAUUGAUGUUGCUGCUCAUAGCGACAUUGUUGAAACAAGUACGUUUGUUAAUAUCUGUAUAUUACUCCUCCACACUUGUGACGUGCUCUUUUCAAGAGUUAAUUUGACUAAUUUUUAGAGCUAAGUUGAUAUAGAUUCAAAUAUUUCAAAAUACAUCUUAAAAUGCCGGUCAAAGUUCAUGCUGACUACCGAGAAGUGAAAAGUGACAAGUGAAAGUGAACUGAGGGAGUAUUAGUGAUCUGUGACGAGACAAUGUACAUAAUUAACGUUGCUGCUCAUAGCGACAUUGUUGAAACAAUUGAUAGGCUUGCGAGUAGUAAUAGGUUGCCGCAUUUGCUGCUUUAUGGGCCUCCUGGAACUGGAAAGACAUCUACAAUUCUUGCUCUUGCCCGGAAGCUAUACGGGUCGCAGGUGAACAAUAUGGUUUUAGAGCUGAAUGCUUCUGAUGAUCGUGGGAUUGACGUGGUGCGUCAGCAGAUUCAGGACUUUGCUAGUACUCAGAGCAUCUCAUUUGGUGCAAAGUCAGCAGUGAAGUUAGUACUAUUGGAUGAAGCAGAUGCAAUGACAAAGGAUGCACAGUUUGCUUUGCGUCGAGUGAUUGAGAAAUAUACAAGAAACACUAGGUUUGCCUUGAUAUGUAACAAUGUUAACAAGGUUAUUCCUGCCCUACAAUCACGAUGUACACGAUUUAGGUUUGCUCCACUCGAUGCAGUUCAUGUCUCUGAGCGACUGAGACAUGUUAUUGAGGCUGAACAGCUUGAUGUCCCUGAGGGUGGUUUAAAGGCACUUAUACGGUUGAGCAAUGGUGAUAUGCGAAAAGCUUUAAACAUUUUGCAGUCAACACACAUGGCUUCUCAGCAGAUUACAGAAGAAGCUGUAUACCUGUGCACUGGAAAUCCAUUGCCCAAGGACAUUGAGCAGAUUUCUUACUGGCUUUUGAAUGAACCCUUUGCUAUCAGUUGCAAACGAAUAUCAGAAAUCAAGACAAGAAAAGGGUUGGCUUUGGUGGAUAUCGUGAGAGAAGUAACCAUGUUUGUCUUCAAGAUUAAGAUGCCGGCAGAUGUUCGAGUUCAGCUGAUCAAUGAGAUGGCUGAUGUUGAGUAUAGGUUGACUUUUGGUUGCAAUGAUAAGUUGCAGCUUGGUUCACUGAUUUCUGCUUUUACACGAGCAAGAUCCGCACUAGUUGCAGCUGCAAAGUAAUUAUGUUGGACAACCUGGUGGCUGUGCCCCACCAACUGAAAAAUUUGUGAUGCGUUAAGAUUCUGAGUGUUCAGAAUAUUGGGAAUAUAGGUUUUGAAGCUUCUCGAUGUGUUCUAUCCUAGAAAAGCUCUCCCAAAUGUAAAGUGCAAAACUGUUCCAAGUGCUUUGCUGUUCUUGCACAUUUUAUUUUCAUUUUAUUUACAAGCUUUGCUCUGUUGUGAGUUUGUUUUUUC